CCCGAACGAAGCUGUUUUAGCUUAAAUUGUUCCACUAUACAAAAUUUUCUUGCUCCGAGUUCUAUAGGAACGGUAUGAUAAUAGAGAACGGUUUGGUUUAUCGAUAUCGAUAUUCUUAGCCUUUUGUAUCGAUAUGUCUGACAAAAAGUAAACAAACAAAUUUUAAAUUUUGCGAAAAUUUAAGUUGAUGGUGAUUACUUUAUUCACAAAUAAAAGUUUAAUAUGACCAUUGAGAUGACUCUGCCGUUACUCAAAGACCCCCAAAUGCAAUUUGGGGCUAUCACAUUCUUCGCAAAGCAACAUCAAGGCGAUACUUGCGGCAGUAAUGGUCUUCCUUUGACUCCGAACUCGAUUAUAAUCGUUGGAAGAGCACAGAUUUUGAAAACCAUCAAAAAUCCUUAUUUGUGCAACUAUUUGGAUAUUAUACGAGGAAAACACGAGCGAACGAUUGUUGUGUCUCAAUAUUGCGGUACUCCGUUGAUAAAUUUUAUAGAAAAAAGGCCAUUCAGUGUUGAUGAAAUAAAACGAAUCGCUUACCAAACUUUGGAAGGCCUAAAAGUUCUACACCAACGGAAAAUGAUUCAUAGGACUUUGAGCAAUGAAAAUAUUCUUUUGCAAGCUAAUGGGGACGUUAAAUUAUUCAAUUAUGGACUAUUUCACAUGUCUGAUAUGGGAUCUUUAGUAUCUUUUCCUGUUUUACAAGUUCUCUACACAGCCCCAGAAGUCUACUUGAAUGGGUUAAGUAGCUCCUAUUCGGAUCCAAAAAUGGAUAUUUGGUCACUUGGUAUUUGUUUGGCUGAACUAGCCUUAAAUAAAGUACUUUGGAGUUCGCUAAAGUUGGGCCAAAAAAUCAGGAAGGUUACGACUUUGUUGCAAGUUGAUACAUCGAUUUUUGAGAAAAUUGCCAGAGAACAUAAUUGUUAUGAGCAAUAUUUGGAAUUGCCAGAAGAUUUAAAAGAUCUUAUAGAAGAAUGUCUGAAUAUUUAUCCAAAUAAAAGACCUGCAUGCGAUAAACUAAUAGAAAAUCCUUGUUUUGCUGACUUUAAAGUAAAACCAACAAAAACCAUUAGCAAAAUUUGUGAACCAUUCCAAAUUUUCACUAUACAUGAGCUCUAUCACUUGUGGCAGCUAGCAGGAGGUGACGUAUUUCAGGAAUUAAAAAAACAAGGCCUUAUUAGAUCAAGCCCGCCAGUUUUAUCCGUACCUAGUUUAGUCUUAAUAGAAGGCACAAUAUUGGGUCAAGAACGCAACCCCUCAACUCUAUACGAUCCUAGAAUAGUUCAAAUGCCUCUAGAUUCCCUUUAUCAACGCUUCGCCCACAUUCCAUUUCCAGUUUUUUAUCCUCUGAUCCAUUGCAAAUCAGAAAUUAUAGCUAAAUUUGAUCCUCCUCCUUAUGACGCAACUGGAUUGCCUUUGAUUAUCAAAGAAAGAGAUCCAGAGUAUCAAUUACACAGAGUAAUUUUAUUGAGGAGGCUCUUACAUGGCUAUCCAUUUACCAAGGACCUAAUUUUUGAGGAAGCCAACAAAGACAUUCCUCCGUUUUUAAGAGGCGAAAUUUGGGCCACCUUAUUAAACAUAAAGGCCAACUACGACAUUGAAUAUUUGCGGAUUGAUAAGUUUACACAUACAACAACGGAUAGGCAAAUUGAAGUAGACAUUCCAAGGUGCCACCAGUACAAUGAGCUUUUAUCUUCUACAGAGGGCCACAAAAAAUUAAAAAGAAUUUUGAAGGCCUGGGUUUGUCAAAAUUCGCAUUACGUUUACUGGCAAGGUUUGGACUCUUUGACUGCGCCGUUUUUGUUUUUGAAUUUUAACGAUGAAGCUAAAGCCUUUGCUUGUUUGUCAGCUUUUGUACCAAAAUUUUUGCACAACUUUUUCCUAAAAGACAAUUCCGCUGUUAUUGAGGAAUAUUUGUGUAAAUUUUCUCAGCUCAUAGCGUUCCAUGAUCCCCAUUUGGCCAAUCAUCUUUACGAAAUCAAUUUUUAUCCACAGCUGUUUGCUAUUCCGUGGUUUUUAACAUUAUUUUCACAUGUAUUUCCUCUCUAUAAAAUCCUACACCUUUGGGACAAGUUGUUACUUUGCGACUCUUCUUUUCCUAUUCACAUAGGAUUAUCAGUUUUAACUCAACUAAGAGACCGUUUACUGACUUCGGGUUUCAACGAAUGCAUUUUGCUGUUUUCUGAUUUGCCCGAAGUCGACAUAGAAAAAUGUGUGAUGCUUUCAAUGGCUACUUUUAAAAUUACACCAAAAAGCAUUACUAGCAGGCUCCAUGAAAAUGAAAUGUUCCAUAAGAAAACUGAAUUGGAUAUCACAGGGAUUGGGUUGGAGGAACUUAAAAAGGAACGGUGUUCUAGGAUUAGUGUAAAUGAUGUUGUUAGAUUAGUGAGGAGCGAUUUUGAGGGAGUUGUUUUGGUUGACAUUAGAAAUCAUACAGUCUUUUCUAGAUGUUCUGUAGUGGGCAGCAUUAAUAUACCAUUUUCAAGUGUAUCUUUUAGUGAAAAUGUUAUAGAGAAUGUAGGUGCACAAGCUUCUACAAUAAAAUCAAAAGGUGACAAAGUUCUGGUGGUGAUUGGAGAUGAAGAAACUGAUCUUGAAAGAUUUCCAGAAUUUUUACUUCAAUGUAAUAUAAGCAAAGUAUGUGUACUGCACGGAGGGUUUAAUACGCUUUUGCCUAUUACACCUACAAUUUUAACAUCUACAAUUUCUAUUUGAGAACUAAAAAUAAUUAGAAAUUGUAUUAGAUAAUUUAUUUAGGGCCGGUUUAUUCACUUUCUGAUAAACUGUCAGGUUGCAGAUGGUUAGCUUCAAAUUUAUUUGGAGAUGAAAAAACCGGGCCUUAGUGUGCUAUUUUUAUGGAUAUAGAUUUUUUUUUUUUGUAAUUUAUAAGCUUUAUAAAUAUUUAUAUUAAUACAAAUGACAUUAUUGGAAAAUCCUUUAUAUUUUACUUCAGUGAGCCACUUAUUUUCACCUGGCUCAAAAUAAAAUUAGAAAUAAAAUUUGUGAGGCUUUCGCGGCCCAGGUUUAUUGAUAAAGUGUUUUCAUUCGGGCUUAAAUGGCUGUCGUAAGUUGGAAUUUCUUCCCGACGUUUCGCUAGCAUCUUCAGAGGUAGCAGACGUUUUUGGUAGCAGGCUGACGCGUUCCCGACCGUAAGUUGUAUUUAUGUGUGAGUGGUUGUGGUGGGGGAGGGGCGGGGCUUCGCACGUGGCUAAUCUGAACUUUCUCUGUACUCAAUGGGAUCUCUUUGCGUUUUUGAAGAUUAGUCACGUGCAGCGAAGCCCCGCCUCUCCCCUACCACAACCACUCACGCAUAAAUACAACUUACGGUCGGGAACGCAUCAGUCUGCUACCAAAAUCGGACAUGGAAGUACCUUUGAAGAUGCUAGCGAAACGUCAGUUAGAAAAGCCUACUUAUAAUGGCCAUUAAGCCCGAAUAAAAACACGUUAUCAAAAUUAGAACUGUUAAUUAAAACAAAAAAAUCCUUUUACUAAAUCACCAUUAAUUUAUUUAAAAAUUUAUCAUCCAAAAACUCACAUAAGAUUUCCAAAAAAUAAAUGCAAAAAUAAACAAAAACAAUAAACGUUUUAAACUUUAAGCAAAUUUUUAAUAAUAUUUUCAAGUUUAAUGGAAUCAGCUGCAAAUUUCCUAAUCCCAUCUGACAGUUUAUCAGUGGCCAUUUGAUCUUCAUUGAGCAACCAUCUGAAUUUAGCUUCUGUAAGCUCCAAUUUUUCCAGUGGAACUUUUUUAGCAUUAUCAGGACUCAGUUUUCUUGGCACAGCAUCGUGGCUGGCCUCAAGUUCGCCCAAAAGCUUAGGACUGAUAGUCAAAAGGUCGCAACCGGCAAGAGCUUUGACUUCAUCGGUGUUUCUGAAAGAAGCUCCCAUAACAACAGUUUUAUAACCGAAUUUCUUGUAGUAGUUGUAGAUUUUGGUUACUGAAACGACGCCUGGAUCUUCGUCACCGGUGUAGCUUUUGUUGUCCGUAUUUGCUACAUACCUGAAUAAAUUUGGCAAUG